ACUUCUAAUUUUCCCUUCUUUCAAAUCUCCCCAGCGGAAGCGUAAGUAAUAUUAGCAUUAGCACUCGACUCGUUUUAGACGCUGCAACAUGUCUGCACUGCUAAAAGGACUCGCCCGUAUCCGCUCAGCUCCAGCUCUGCGGGGGACAGGCUUCACUCAGCGGGCUAACAUUACAACAAAACCCGCAAAGGAUGCUCUAGGAGCAGCUGAGACAACAAUCGGUCUUGGUCUGUUUGGAAUGGCCAUCCUGGUUCCAUCCGGUUGGGUCCUGGUUAACCUUGAGAGCUACAAGAAGAAGGAGGCCUGAAAAAGUAGUCUGCUACGAUCAUUUCCUUCAAACUCCUUUCGGGACCAUUGGAACCUCUGA